AUGGUUGAGAUACAAAAGCCGCACUCGGCAUUAAAGCGGCCAUCGUUGAAACGGGAAACGGUCGUUGUUAACAACAGUGCGCCCACCAUCAAAAAGGUGACUCUGGUGCCCAAGGAUGAGGAACUGGUGGCCAUUUCUCCGGAGCGUCGCAACUGGCGUGGCAUCUUUAUUGCCUUGCUGGUUAUUGCCGCCGUCUUUAGCCUGAUCAUAUUCUCGAUCUUCCUGCUAUCGCCGGAGGAUGAGGGCCUGCGGAUCCGAGGACGACGCAUCCUGCCCAGCGAUAUAUUGGGCAGGAGUCUGCAAUGGAAGCCCUUUAAUGGAACCUGGAGCAAUGGACGUGAACUCGUUUAUCGCGAUCACGGGGGCCUAUCCAUACUCAAUAUGGCCGAUCUCACCACACGCAUUCUUAUGACCAAUUCCACAUUUCGCCAACUGAAUGCAGAAUCAUUUCUUGUGGCACCUGACCAGAAAUAUGUGCUCCUGCAGUCGGACAGCAAUGCGGAGGGUUCCAGACAUCACGUAUACGAGGUGCAAACGGCCAACACAUUUCCGCUGGGACCAACGGAGAAUAUAGCGGAGGCGCCACGAUUGCAGCAUGUGGUUUGGGCACCUGUUAAUCCACCUGCCCCACCACCACCACCACCGCCGCCUGGCACCACAAUGGCCCCCCUGCCCAGUGGCAGCAUAAUCCUUAAUAGCCUGGCGGGGGCAGCCAAUGGCCUGGGACCGGCCACAGCAGCGGGUGGUGCCUCCUCCUCCUCCUCGAAUGGCAAAGUCGGUGGCCCAAACUCUCUUAACCAGGCCAUUGCCUUUGUCUACCUCAAUGACAUAUACUACAAGCCCAAGGUGCAAGGCGAACUGGUCUGCAGGAUAACGCAAACGGGUUCGGGAUCCAGUUCGGGUUCGGAGACGGAGACCCUGAGCAGUGUGGUCUUCAAUGGCGUUCCAGAUUGGACAUAUGAGACGGUGCCCGAGCUGGAGAGUCGCCGGAGCAGCAUGGAGUUCUCACCGGAUGGCCUUUACCUGGCCUUUCUCAGCUACAACGACAGCGAAGUCAACGAGUACAAAUACACCUGGAUGGGUGACGAUAUCAAAUACCCGGCGGUGAUGAGUCAACGAUAUCCCAAGACGGGUUCCUGCAAUCCAAAUGUCACCGUAAAUGUGGUCAAUCUUUCUGUUAUCAAAUACAUCUUUCCCACACAAAUUAAAUUGCCGGCGGAACUAUCCAAUGGCAGCUAUGUGGGUGGCCUCACCUGGGCCUCACCCAUCGAUCUCUCGGUGACGGUGACCAAUCGGGAACAGACCAAAGCCACCACGGUUUUGUGCCGGGCACCGCAUUUCCACUGCCAGGCCGUGCACACAGAGGUGACCAUCAACGAUGGCUGGGUUCUGCCCGCCGAGCGACCCAUCUUCUCUGCUCGCAAUCAACUGCAAAAGUCUGUGGCCUCCAAGCUCUUCCAGAAUCCCGAGGAAAUGCCACCAGAGGAUCGGCACAUAAACUUCACAGAGGGCGGAGGUGGAGGAGGAGGAGAUGGAGAGACCACGACGUACGAGAUUAGCAAUGGAGGAUACCUCCUGAAACGGCUGCCUGUGAGGGAUGGCGAACAUGGUCAUUACCGUCAUGUGGUCUUCAUUUCCUCGCUGGAUCGACGUCCGGUGCCUCUCACCAUGGGUCGUUUUGAGGUCACCGAAAUUGUGGGCUGGGAUGAGCCGCAUGAGAUUGUCUACUUCAUGGCCGCACCGGAGAAGAGACCCGGGGAGAGGCAUCUCUACAAGAUUAGCCUGAAGCUUAAUGUCACAGAAUCGAAUAGGACAUAUAUUACAUCCUCAUCGCCCACCUGUCUCACCUGCGAUAAUUCGGAGUCCACAUAUCGGUUGCAUCGGGCUCGAAUCUCGCAGAGAGGUGAUCGCUGGGAGGAUAUUGUGGCUCGUUUGGAGCCGGAUGAUUGUCUGUACGAUAUACCCAAGAAUUGUCUAUAUAAUCGGGUUCAGUUCAGCCGAGACUAUAGCUACUAUGUCCAGGAGUGUCUGGGUCCUGAGGCACCCAGUGUUUACCUGGUGGAGACGGCCAGUAAUGAUAAGAUUUAUGUCCUGAAUGCCGGCGAUGUCCUGCGCCAUCGAUUGUCCCAACUGGCAGUGCCACAGAUGCGAACCUUUAGUGUGGAAAUACGGCAUGGAUUCCAUGCCCAAGUGAGGCUGUUUUUGCCUCCAGGAAUGCGGGAAGAGGAGGAUGUGGCCUUUCCCCUGGUGCUGCAUGUCGACGCCUCGCCGGGCUCGCAGUUGGUCACGGAACGCUUCCAUGUGGACUGGAAUUGGUAUCUGGCCAGUCAGCGGAGCUUCAUUGUGGCCCAGAUCGAUGGACGUGGCAGUGGCUUCCAGGGGGAACUGUUGCGCACUCAGGUUCAUGGAAAACUGGGCACUGUCGAGGUGGAGGAUCAGCUGGGCGUACUCACAUACUUGCGUGACAAUCUGAAGUUCAUAGAUCCACUGAGAAUCUGCGCCUUUGGUUGGGGCUACGGAGGCUAUGCCUCAGCCAUGAUGCUCAUCGAUGAUUCGCAACAGGUGCUCCAGUGUGCGGUGGCCAUUAAUCCAAUUGUGAACUUUGGAUUUCACUAUUCCUUCUUCACGGAGCGUUAUAUACCCCUCAAGGGGGAUUAUUUGAGGGCCUUGCAGGAGGCGGAUCUCACCAUGAAGGCGGGCAACAUCAAGGGUCGUAAUCUGAUGCUAAUGCAUGGCACUGCCGACACCUUGGUCCAUCAGGAGCACACUCUUAUGCUGGUGCGUGCCCUGGUGGAGCAACAGGUUAAGUUCCGGCAUCAGGUAUAUCCGGAUGAGGAUCAUGCCAUCGCCAGGUCACUGAGUCAUGUCUACAAGACAAUGGAAUGGUACUUUGAUGAGUGCUUCGGCCCCGUCGAUGACAACGAGUGGGACCCCACGGGUCUGUUCGUGUUCAAGCAAUAAUUAACCCCCUACGAUCCUUACGACGAGGAUCCGCUGGCCAAUCAGCUCAGCGACAUUGAUACCGGCCCCGUCGAUACCCAGGCGGGCGAUGCCCAAGCGCCUGGCGAUGGGAAUGGGGACCGGGAUCCUGAACGGGAUCCUGGCAGUAAUCUCUCCACCCUGCUCACAGCCACCACGACGAGCACUUCGCUGUCGGCCCUCGAUGAGCUGGAUAAUCGGCUGCAGGCGUUCGAUCUGAUCACCUCCUCCACGGCCACCACCCUCAGCAAGGUCGCCGGCAAGUUAUGCAAUUAUAGUAGCAAGCGGCGGCUUCAUCAAUCGGAGGCAACGUUGGCACAAAAGUCGCGCAUCCUGCAGCACUAGAUCUUCGGGACGAAGAACUUCCUUCCAUGUGUGUGAGUUGUGUGUGUCCAGUGGUUGUGUGUGUGAGAGUGUGCUAGAGUGUGUGUAUGUGUGUGUGAAACUUUCCCGGAAAUGGGCUCCAUUGGGGAGACUUUCUAUAUGCAUGUCCUGCCAGGAUGUCUUUAUAUUAUUUUCUAUAUGUUUUGUAAUCUUUUUUUAU